CUCUUAUUUAAACGGCUUUUCGUUUUUAUUCAUCUAUAUUUGUUUAGUCACUCAAAAACUAUGUAUGUUAACUAUAUGUUAACUAUAUUUGUUUUUUAUAUAUAUCAUUUCAUUUAAAAUUUUGUUCACUUUUUUCGCCCAUUGUAUUAGCUAGCUCAAUAUGUUUAUUAAUUCAAAAAUUUCCUAAUGACUAAAACAAAAAUUAGUCAAGUAUCCGAAAAACCAGAACCUCGUCAGAGAACCAAAUUUAAAAUGUCGACUAAAAUUCAACUAGAAACUCAGGAAGAAACGCAAGACGAAGCGCAGUCUACUUACCAUCAAGAUACAACCUCUUCGAAUAAACAAACCGUUGAUCGCAGUCAUAACAUUAAACGUUAUGCAUCUUUGGUACUCCUGGUUAUUCAAAAUGCCGUGUUAGUCCUGAUAUCCAGGUACUCCCGAACAAUGCCUGGCGAUCGAUACUUUGCUACAACUGCAGUUAUCUGCCAAGAAGUUUUAAAAUUUCUAGCUUCUAUUGUUAUCAUUUACGUCAAUGACGGAUUUUUUUCUCUUUUAUCACAGGUCAAUCAAAGCAUCAUUGCGAAUCCUUUGGAUAAUCUAAGAGUUGCAGUUCCGUCAACACUUUACAUGAUCCAAAACAAUCUGUUCUACGUUGGCAUUUCGAAUCUACCGGCCGCAACUUUUCAAGUAAUUUUUCAAAUGAAACUCUUGACAACUGCUCUUUUCGCCGUUCUGAUUCUUGGUCGCAAACUAAACCUCACUAAGUGGGCGUCGCUAGUCAUUCUUUCGCUGGGCGUUGCAGCUGUUCAAAUUGAAGCAACCAUCUCGAAAGAUCAAAAAGAAGCAAACUCUACUAAUCAAAACCCACUUCUAGGAUUCAUGGCAGUUCUAGCAGCGUGUAUGACCUCCGGAUUCGCUGGUGUGUACUUUGAGAAAAUCCUGAAGGACUCCGAAGUUUCGCUGUGGAUCCGAAACAUCCAAUUGGGAGUGAUAGGAGCUCUAAUGGGAGCAGCUACUGCUUACUUUUCAGAGGGCAAAGAAAUAAUUGAGCAUGGGUUUUUCUACGGAUACAAUGAAUACACGAUCGGGGCUAUUUUCACUCAAGCAUUAGGAGGACUGAUAAUAGCUUGUGUGGUGAAGUAUGCAGACAGUAUUUUGAAGGGUUUUGCGACCUCUCUCGCAAUUAUUUUGUCAUGUGUAAUGUCAGUAUUUCUGUUUAACUUUCAAGUUACGCCUGUUUUUGUAGUUGGUGCUACGAUGGUUGUUGGAUCUGUAUACAUUUAUAGUAAAUAACUUCAUAUGUCUAUCAACUUUUUGCAUUAUUUCGCGAGUUUCAGUUCGCGGCUUUUAAUUUGAAU